AGUCAGAGAGUAAAUAGCUGAACAGGGAAUUCACGAGAAAAACUCUCGAUUUUCUGCUGGAAAACCACGGAGGACUCUCGGGGGAGGCUAAUUAACGCGGAAAACAACAUACCUUGCACAUGAUGUCGGAAGGACGCACCAAAACGAAACAUAACUUUACGAGCUACAUUCAGCAGGUCAACGACGACAAAUUCCUAACAGAGGACUACAAACCAAAGCUGUUAUCUGGAGAAAUUGAAGCUGCCCGAGCAAAUCAUGUUUGCAUGUACACAGCUUCAUUCGUCAAGGACGGAAAGGUGCUGUCGGAACGAAAAGGCAUCCUAAUGAUUACCAAUUUCCGGCUAUCGUUCGUAUUUGUUGAUAUAGCCGACGAUCAGGCAAGCUACUGUUGUAUAGUAGUGUUGGUCCUCUUUGAAUGUAAUUUGGUGUUGUUUCAGCAUCCUUUUCAAAGCAAUCGCUUCCUUGGUUCGUCGGACGUUUCUCUAUCCAACAUUGAUCGGAUAUAUCAGGUCGUCGAUAAGAAAAAGAAGCUGAUUUGCCCACAAGUUAAAAAUAGCAACAAAAUCGACAAAAUAAGGAUUAUCUGCAAGAAUUUUAAAACAUUUACGUUCGGCUUUCAACUGUCGGAUGUUGGUAAAGGAAAGUAUAUUGCUGAUGCCCUGGUCAAAUUUGCCUAUCCAGCGAGACAUAAUCUACUGUUUUUGUAUCAAUUCAAGGAUAAUUCAUGCAACGGAACUACAUCCAACGCUACGAAAAUGUUUCGUAAGAAAUCGGAUUGGCUUCAGGAGUUGGAAAGGUGUAAUGCUACCGCCGGUUGGCGCGUGUAUUCCAAAGACUGCAGGAUAUCCGAUAGCUCCCUUCCGAUGCAUUUUGUUGUGCCUAAGCAUCUGAGCGAUAUGGAUUACAACAAUAUUUCUAAAAGCUUUCGGAAUGAUCGUUCAGCCAUUUGGGUUUGGGGUUAUCACGAUGCUGCAUUGGUACGGCUUGCUGAACUUAAUCCGGAUAUUACAAACACCACCGUCGAGAAUAUCCUGCUCGAGCAUGUACGUCGUUGCGAUCCUCAGAAAAGACAACCCCGAUUACUCGAGCUGUACAAAAUUCUCCCCAGCAUACAGGACGUCAACCUUAGUUAUAUUAAAUUGCGUGAUCUCUGUACUCCUGAUAACGAUCAACAGUUUAUGGCCCAGGAUGGACGGUUCUAUUCGAUGGUCGAAAAAAGCUACUGGCUUUUUUACGUUUCGUUGUGUCUGAAACAUUCCGAUCUGGCAGCGAAGAUGCUGCUUGAUGGUCAAACAGUGGUGUUGCAGGAAAUAAAUGGGCGCGACAUGUGCGGAGUAAUAUCGAGCUUGGUGCAGUUGCUACUAGAUAAAAGCUACCGCACGUUACAAGGCUUCCAAAAUCUUAUACAAAAAGAAUGGAUAACCCUGGGUCAUCCGUUCAGCGAUCGAAUCGGGCAUGUGGCCACGGUAAAAUCUACAGAACGCAGUCCAAUUUUCUUGUUAUUCCUUGAUUGCGUGUGGCAGUUGUUGCAGCAAUUUCCGAAGGCAUUUGAGUUUUCUGAAACAUUUCUUACCACCUUGUGGGACUCACUAUUUCUGCCAAUAUUUGAUACGUUUCAGUUCAAUUCUGAAACAGAACGCUAUAACGCUGUACACGCUGAUCACAUCAUCCUGCGUCCCGUUUGGGAUUGGGCAAAGCAAUUUGAAGGCAAAGACUUGGCUCUGUUCACAAAUCCGCUCUACCAUCCAGAAACGUUGGUCAAUAAUAUCGACAAAGAACAUUUGCAACCGCGAUACUUUCUACGUGAUAUAGAACUUUGGCAACAGUGUUAUUUUAGAUGGAUGCCUCAUGUCGAAAUUCAAUAUGGUGGUAUUGCGCAGAGUCAGCUGCUGAAUCACAUACUACUAAACAAUAUUCGGAAACUACGUCGAACGCUUGGUAACCAUGAGCCUUAUGAGACAGGUGAUGAACGAAUGGAUGCCUUAGAACAGAUACUAUCAUCGAUGGUUGUGCAGACACGCGAUCCUGAUGCUGCAACGGAAGCCACCUUAUCCGUUAGCUCCUUUUUUCCUUUUACCAGCAUAACACCGUCAACAGAAAUAGUAUGCUCGGAACUCCUGAUUGCGAAUAAUGGAAUCAAUUUCUCGCAUGAUUCUAUGUAUGAAACGUCUUCAUUGAAUGACUAAAUAUGUUCACGUGCGACGGAGUGUAGGCACUUGUUAAAGAGAGAAAUGCAGAAUAGAAAAAUGCGCAUGAGUUGAAUGAGAAACAUUUAGCGAUGGAUUAGAGGUGGAAGGAUAGAGAGAGUUGCGAAGAUAUUUCUAUAUGGCUGAAAUGGGGUGCUGUCGGAUGCUUCCCUAGUACGGAGAAUUUUUGUUGGACGGAUCGCAACGUAAAACACGAACUCAACAGUCAUGUAAAACUGGUUGUAAUAACAAUAUUCUUAAGUAUGGAAUACCGAUUUUUGCUAAGCUUAUGUUCUUGGUCCACCAAAUGGUAAAAUACUACUUUUCCAAGAAACAGUUGUACAGUAAAUAUAGGCAAACAUUGUAGGAUAAUCGGAUACCCUGGUAUUGUUACAUUUACAAGCACCGAAAAUAACUGCUAUGUCCGAAUUUAAGGAAAAAUUGAAAUAAAAAAAAAAUCUUCAUUAAA